AUGGCACCAACGAUAGCAUUCGCAGCCUUGCGGGCUCGAGACAGUGGUCGUAGAGGUGGACCCGAUCCCGUGCUGGUAGAGGGGUGGACCUUGUACGCUCUGGGCGUAUCCGUAAUUCUAGCCCGCUUGGUAACACGGUACAAGAUGGUGGGCGUGGAAGGCAGCAAACCGGAUGACUGGUUAAUGAUUCUGGUUAUGAUUAUCUACGGGAUCGAAUCCACCAUGUCACAUCUAGUCAGUCUCUAUGGCGGGAAUUCCAAUCUCUCGCCAGCGCAACGAGCGGGGAUGAGUGAGGAGGAGGUGCAGAGGAGAGUAUUUGGGUCGAAAAUGUUUAUGGUUGGGUGGUUCUCUUACAGUGGUGCCAUGUGGGUGUUGAAGCUGUGCAUGGUUUUCUUUUUUGCUAGAAUAACAGUAGGGUUGAGAAGGCAGGUUUGGAUCACAACAGCUUACGUUGUCGUGGGCAUGUCUUAUUUUGUCAUAUGUCUCGUGCUGUUCCUGACCUGUCGACCCUGGCACAAACUCUGGCAGAUAUAUCCAGACCCGGGAUCGAACUGCAGCAUCGAAUCUCCAGUAUAUUACCUCACCGUCCUAUCCUUCAACGUCCUCACCGAUGCCUUUCUUAUAUCGCUUCCAUUGCCACUAUUGAUCCGAUCAUCUCUUCCCUGGCGCCGAAAAGCAAUUCUUGUUCUCCUCUUUAGCGCAGGUAUUUUUGUUAUAACCGCCGCGGUUCUCCGUUGCGUUUUUUCCCUCACCGAUCCCCAAAACUCAAGGACCGUCUCAGCGUGGGCCUGUCGGGAAACCUUCGUCGCAGUAGUGGUCGGCAACGCGCCAAUGCUUAAGCAACUGCUCACCAAGAGGGCCUGGUCAAAGGCACGAAUUGCAACCGCCCGUUGCGUGGGCGCGGGAACGGGAAGCAGCGGGUCGCCACUCUCCAGGCAGGUGGGGGGGUCAAAGAGCGGAGACGCAACCUUGGUCGACAAGAGUGCGGUGGAGCCUGGGUUGGAGAUUCACCGCAAAACUGAGAUGAGCGUGGAAUCGGCGGACAGGGCCACCUUGGAGGACGAUGGCCCCCCGGGGGUUAAUGGACUGGGGGAAUUGAGUGGGUGUUUUUAUAAGGCAAUUUGCGAGUCUUCAGCCGCCAGUAGCUGCGCGAGCAGUAGACAUACUGCCUCGGGAGAAAGGGGGGACGUGUGAACCCCAGAAAUGGAGUCAUGAGAGCAGGGCUGGAGCGGGUCAAUCGGUUGAGCGGGCUGGUUUAGUCCGGGGGAUUUUUCUUGUUCUAUUCUCCGGUUGUUUUAGCGAUCUCAUUUGUUUUGCUUCGUUUUUUUGCCUUCUUUUGUUUCCUUUUCGUUUGUCCUAUCUUUCCGAACGGUCUAUUAAAGGGAGAACUUCCGGCCCAAUAUAAUGUCUUAAUUGAUGCCA